CCCAUAUGUUUAUGUUUAGAUUAUUGCAAAAUUAAUAAUAAAUAAAUCAUGGAAAUUGAACAAACGCCCCCAAAUGUGGCCUCAUCUGAUACGAAUUCGACAUGUGAGUACAUGGACGCCGAGAGUGAACCAGAACACGAAUCCGAACUCAGCGCUGGCGAUCUCUACCAGGAGGAGGCGGAACUCGCCGAGGCAGAGCAACAGAACCACAGUAUUAUCUCGGAGUUGCGUGAUGGGCUGAGCACGCGUCCACGUUCCGCGCUCAGCCCAGAUGUAGACCCAGCUACGGGACAAUCAAGAGAUUUAGCCGCUUCCGUAGAAUCGCUGGCGCUGAGCACUUCCACGAGCGCUAAGACUGAAGACAGCGGCAGUACAAAUGCUUUAGACGAGGAUUUGUAUGAUUAUCAGCAUGACAGUGUGUGGCGUGGCCAGAAAAAGCACAUAUUCAUUCUAAGUGAGGCUGGUAAGCCCAUUUACUCGCUGCACGGCAACGAAGACAAGCUAGCCACAUUAUUUGGCGUCAUCCAGGCGCUGGUUAGCUUUGUUCAGCUUGGUCAGGAUGCCAUUACAUCGAUUCAUGCGGGCAGCAUUAAAUUUGCCUUCAUGCAGCGCAACUCCCUCAUUCUCGUGGCCGCAUCGCGCACCAACAUGAGCGUCCAACAGCUGCAGUUGCAGCUAAGCGAUGUCUACUAUCAAAUACUCUCCACGCUCACUUACUCCCACAUGUCAAAAAUAUUUGAAAAGCGUAAGAACUUUGAUUUAAGACGUCUACUAUCCGGAAGCGAGCGCAUGAUUUACAAUUUGCUGGCCAAUGACAGUAGCAAUGCAAGGGUAUCUAACAACAUUUUCACCUUUCUGACCAACUCUAUACGCGUCUUCCCACUACCAACUACAGUGCGUUCCACCAUCGUUAGCGCAAUACAAAGCAAUUGCUCAAAGAUCAAGAAAUUAGUAUUUGCCGUGCUAAUAGCCAACAACAAGUUGAUUGCCUUGGUGCGCAUGAAGAAUUACUCCAUCCAUCCGGCCGAUUUACGUUUGAUUUUCAAUCUAAUUGAAUGCUCCGAGUCAUUUAAGAACUCUGAGAACUGGACACCCAUUUGUUUGCCCAAAUUUGAUAUGAAUGGAUAUUUGCAUGCACAUGUCUCGUAUCUGACCGAUGAUUGCCCGGCAUGUCUGCUGCUAAUGUCCGUGGAUCGAGAUGCAUUCCACACAUUGUCGGAGGCCAAGGAGCGCAUCACGGAGAAGUUAAGGCGCAGUCUUUGCCUGCAAGCCAUUAAUGAGGAACUACAGCAACCCUUCAAUGCUAAACUGUAUCAACAGGUGGUAAACAUACCAGAUCUGCGACACUUUCUGUACAAACCAAAGGCAGCAGCGCAACUCCUCUGCCCUAUGCUGCGGCAUCCAUACAAAUCUCUGCCUGAAUUUGAGCGGCUUGAGGCCAUCUAUUGCAGUAUGUUGCAUCGCAUUCACAACCAUUCACGGCCACUGAAACUCAUCUAUGAGGUGAGAGAGCGUGAAGUUGUACUCGCUUGGGUGACAGCCACCUAUGAGUUGUAUGCAGUGUUCGAGUCCAUUGUCGAUAAGGCAACAGUCAUCAAGAACGUUGAUAAGCUGAUCCGAUGGAUUGAAAAGGAAUAUGAUGUGUACUUUAUACGUAACCAUGCGACAUUCUAAAUAUUUGCUUAACGAUCCCCUGUUAAUAAUAAUUAAAGACCACGUUUGUAUAGUAAUCGACAUAAACAUGUAAUCUUCUUGUAUGAAUAUUUGUACAUGCUCGCUUUAGUGAUUAACAAAAAAAAAGAUCUUGUUCUGUUACAGUUGUAACUAUACUAGUAUAACUGAUUUUUAUACAUAAGUGCAUAUGUACGUCAUUUAAUAAGCAUGUACAUUUGAAAUUUAAUGCAUUAAGUAAAUUGAUAAUCAAACU